GAAUGGUGCUCAGUGAGACCCAACUGAACAGAGAGGUCAGCGUUUCUCUGAUCAAGCAUUUGUGGUGUCAGAACUCCGAAUGCUCUUCUGGAGACCGAAGACCUAUGUUAGCAUAGCCUUUCCUUAGCUUCUAAUGAGAUGUUACCUUGAACUAAGUCACCAAACUACUCUGGCCCUGAGUUUCCUCAACUGCAUAGGCAACGGAAUGAGCUCUGACUGCUUUUCAAGCUCCCGCCUGGCAUUCAUGUUCUAUGAUUCUCAGCGAUGCUGCUCCAAGGAAAGCCAGGGAUCUCCCCAGUAAGCCUCACUCUGGGAAGUUCUCCCAGCAUCACUCCACAGGCGGAUGGGCGCCUGCCCCACCUUUCUCUCUGGAAAUCAUCAAUUCAUCAACGUAAUCCUGGGAGUUAUGGCGUGGUCUCAUAAAAGGCUGGUGAUGCCUCGUCCCUCAGAAGGAAGCUGAAACUUUCUGCUAAUGGAUCUGAAUCUUUAGAGCCUUGGAAGAUACAGUGGUUCUGUAAAAAUUACAGAGGGUGAUCGGAUGUGUGAAACUGAGCUGUAUGAGGAUAGGAUCUCCCAGCCAUCCAGCCCCGGCUAGUAGCAGUCAGCAAAACCAAACCUGCAGACAUGGUGAUUGAAGCCUACAGUCAUGGCCAGCGCACUUUCGGGGAAAACUAUGUUCAAGAACUGCUAGAAAAAGCAUCAAAUCCUAAAAUUCUGUCUUCGUGUCCUGAGAUCAAAUGGCACUUCAUUGGCCACCUACAGAAACAAAAUGUCAACAAAUUGAUGGCUGUCCCCAAUCUCUUCAUGCUGGAAACAGUGGAUUCUGCGAAGUUGGCAGACAAAGUGAACAGUUCGUGGCAGAAAAAAGGUUCUCCGGAAAGGUUAAAGGUUAUGGUCCAGGUUAACACCAGUGGAGAGGAGAGUAAACAUGGCCUUCUGCCUUCAGAGACCAUAGCCCUGGUGGAGCACAUAAAUGCCAAGUGCCCCAGCCUGGAGUUCGUGGGGCUGAUGACCAUAGGAAGCUUCGGACAUGAUCUUAGUCAAGGACCGAACCCGGACUUCCAGGCGUUGCUGUCCCUCCGAGAGGAGCUGUGUAGAAAGCUGAACGUGCCCACAGAGCAGGUUGAGCUGAGCAUGGGGAUGUCCGUGGAUUUCCAGCAUGCGAUUGAAGUAGGGUCCACCAAUGUCCGAAUAGGAAGCACCAUUUUUGGAGAGCGAGAUUACUCCAAGAAACCUGCCCCGGACAAGUCCACGGCAGAACGCAAGACUGCCGUGGAGGUGGCCCAGGCACACUGAGCCCAGGCACAGCCGGCAGUGGCUCGCAGCCGCGGGCCUGUCCAGGAACACCCACUAUGCACUCGCCUGGCCUCCGUUUUGAUAGUCCCUGUGUUACGGCACAGCCACGCUCUCCCUGUGGCCUGGAGAGAGUGCGCUGAUGCUCCUGGGCGUUGAUGGGGACCAUUUGUACUUCGGAUCUGUCAUAAGAAGCUCACUUCAAGCAGUGGCUUUGAAUCAGGUUUGAGAAAUCCAGACGUUUCUGCAGAACAGACAUCAAAUCAGUAGCCAGGAAUCGAGUUCCGUGUUGAAUCCUGCCCAGGGGCACCAAGCAACCCGUGAAUGCCUUCCCCGGGUUAAAAUGUGGUCACUCAUGCCUAUAAUCACCAGGGCAAGAGGGAGUCCUAUCUGUCAUGCACUUUAAUGGAAAGUCCCUUCAUGCAAACCCCCUAGUGAGUAAUCGUCUUUGCUGCUCUGGAGCAAGGUGAUUUCUGCCCCCAGGUUUGACCCCACUCAGUAAACAUCUGUCCCCACUCUGGAAUGACAGUGCAGGUAACUUCAGGAGCUGGCUCAGGGCAGUGCUGCAAACCCAAAUCAUGUUGAUCAGAGUUUGCGUCACCUUGUCCCUGUGGACCCCGAAAACUACAGGGGUAACAUAAGACUCGGGCCUUUCCAACAUCCUCCUAGACAGGCCUCUCCUAGAUGAGAAUUAAAUGCUAUGAUUUCUUCUCCACCAUAACUGCCCCAGAAAUUCGUUCAAGGCCAGUUCAGGCUCACAGUUUCAACAAAGCCUGGCUUUGAGUUUCCUUUUCCUGCGGAGCAUUUUCCAGGCACAUCUAAAGCCCCUCCCUCCACCCUCCGCACCCCCUCACCCCUGCUAUAAGCCAGAAUUUGCAACUUCUUGAUUGUUAAUAAAGUAGCAGCAAGGUCUUCAAAAACCAGAAAGCACAAUUCUCAGAUAUCUGUAACAGAUGACUUCGGUCUGGGUGGUUUAUUUUCUAGAUGUUUUUUCCUGAUUUGUUCAAGCCCCAGUCUUCAUUUUAGGAAAUAACUUUCAGAACAUAAUGCUGCUGCUGAAUGUAAUUUUGUAAAACCUAAACCAUUAUGAUUCCUGUACUGUUUCAGUCAGAGCUAUCACAUGUUUCAGAGUCUAGUGAAUAAAAAUGCAAGUUUGAAUUAUACCAUCUGUGCCAAUUACAAAGCAAUUAAAAGAUUUAUUUUUUAUGA